AUGAAGUACUUUCGCGACAUCCUACGCUACUCGCAGGAAAAAGACUCACCCUACGAAACAGAGGAUUGUAUUCGCUACGAGUUCAAGCUCCUAGAUCUUCACCAUUUUGCAAAUCCAGACACUCCCGAAGCCCACGAGUCUCUUCUGAAAUCAUGGUUUUGUUACAUGCAACGGUAUAUACUAUGUACCAAAGCCCACGCCCCGGCGGAUCUUCACCCUGUCGCAAAACCAGAGACCCCCAAAGCCAACCACUUGGCGGGUAUCACCAAGGAAGAUAUGAAGGAGCUUCAAGACAGCGUAAAAGCCAUCAUGGAGAAGUGCUCCCGAAGAGAGCGCAACGGCAAGAAAAAUGUCCACCUGCGAUUCGAAACGUCCGAGGGUGACGAAGCGUCUACAGUUGGCAUCCUGAAGCCGACACUUCGAUCGAAAGAGAAGAUGCGCCUGACCGAAAGAGCCUUUGACUGCAAGUUUGGCGAGGUGGUGUUGGAUAAAAUUUCGGAGAGAUUGGAAGUGAGAAAGUAUGAGGCUAGACGCCGUAAGCAAGUACGUGUUAAAGUGGCUAGUGAUACAGUCUGA